AUGUGAUUGGCUGAGUCUGGCGACCAUUUCCGGAAGUAUUCGGGCACCACUGCAAUUCGCAUGGAUGCUGCGUAAUUGCCAAAAUUACUGUUAUGGAACAAAACCACGACGGCAGCCUGGCCCAUGUGCGGCACAUCGUCUUGGUUCUGUCAGGAAAAGGAGGAGUUGGGAAGAGCACCAUAACGUCUGAGCUGGCUCUUGCCCUGAGGCAUGCUGGGAAAAAGGUUGGCAUCUUAGACGUGGACCUGUGUGGCCCCAGUAUUCCACGCAUGCUGAGCGUGGGUCGACAAGAUGUGCACCAGUGUGACUCGGGGUGGGUGCCAGUCUACGCCGAUGCAGAGAAAAGCCUCGCUCUCAUGUCCAUCGGGUUCCUAUUGGAGGAUCCAGAUGAAGCUGUGGUGUGGAGAGGCCCCAAGAAAACAGCUAUGAUUGGCCAGUUCGUGUCAGAUGUUGCAUGGGGAGAGCUGGACGUGCUGCUGGUGGAUACACCACCGGGGACUUCUGAUGAGCAUUUGGCCAUCUUGGAGAACCUCAAGAAGCACAAGCAAGUGGAUGGGGCUGUUUUGGUCACCACGCCCCAGGCGGUUUCAACAGGGGAUGUGAGACGAGAGGUCACUUUCUGCAAGAAAACAGGAGUGCGGAUCCUUGGGAUCAUAGAAAACAUGAGCGGCUUUGUUUGCCCACAUUGUUCCGAAUGCAGCAAUAUUUUCUCCAAAGGUGGUGGUGAAGAGUUGGCCAAACUCACAGGCUCGGUUUUCCUCGGUUCUGUGCCCUUGGAUCCCAAGCUCAUCACAUACAUAGAAGGCAAAGAUUUCCUGAAGUCAUUCCCAGACAGCAUCACCUUCAGUGCCAUGACCAGCAUUACACAGACUCUCCUCAGCAGCCUCCAAGCAGCCUGAGUGACGCUCAGCACGGCAUUGUUUACAUUUGAUACAUAACUACUCUGCAGAUAUGUCAAUGAUGAAGUCUUGCUCACCAUUUAUUAUUCAUGUCAUCUGCUGUGGAAAUAAGUUAAACAGAAAGCCAAAUUGUUUCAAUAUAAUGCAAAAGUGAUAUUUUAAAAUCUUCUCCACUAAUUCAAAUGUGCAAGUACAAUUUAAAAGAAUGCACCUAUUACCCAUUAAAUAUAUUUUAUAAAUAUUAAAAAAACGCCCAUAAAAAUAACAACAAAGGUAUUAAAUACUUGCUUUAUAUGUUAAAUAUUUUCAGAAUUAAUUUUUCAUUGUAAUGAUUUUAUAUUUUGAUUGUGUAUUCAUUUGGCUUCACACUUAAUUUUGCUACAAAAAAGCAGCAGCUGUGCAAUGUGUAACAGUUCUGUCCGUUCUGGACAAUUACACAAAAGGUAAUAUGCAACAACAUUUGACGGUAUUGGGAAGCCACGCAAAUCUAAGUUGGAAUCUUUAAUUUGCUUGUGGGCACAUGAGGAUAAUAGCAGUGGAGAGUACAGGAUUGUAAAUGGACGCAUCAGAAAACAUACUACAGGGUGACAUUUCACAGCUCCUAAUGACUCCAGUCAGCCUGGAUCAAGUGUAAUAAAUGCUUCUGGGCGGGGGCGGGGAUGAACUGGAAUACAUUUCCUCCUGCAAUCCUCAAUAAUAGUAACACCACACUAAAAUCCAUGCAGGACAGCUGGAGUGUGAGGAAGAGAAGACAGGUACGGGAGAGGGUGAUGAAGAGUUGGAUCGUAUGGAAAAUACGCUUGAGAGACCCAACACUGGGCACACGCACACACCUUUAAUGCAAACAGCAGUACUACAGGAAAACACGGAAGUUUGGAGAAUGUUUGCGUCGUGAUUAGAACACAGCUACACACACACAGAUACACCAACUCCCGUCCCGACAGCAACAUACUAAAAGGCAAGUGUAAUGAUUAAACCAAUAAUUACAUCCAGAAGAAUUCCAACCACUUAGCACAAGUAACCCACAGUGCAUAAAAUCUAUCUAGAUUGUUAUCUAUAUGUAUUUAUAUAUGUAUAUAUAUAUAUCCUAGGAAGUUAAAGACUUGAUGCAGUUCAACAGUUUAAUGGACAAUUUCUUAUAAAUAAAAUCAGUGGGAAAAAAGUCCAUACAUCUUUACAAAUAGAUCCUCAAGAUUAAUGCAACUCCCAAUUGGGAGGAGAAAAAGCUGUGCGGCCCUUUGGUCAGCUCUUUAAGACCAGAGGCCGAGCUGCCGCAGUCGGCCUCGAGGCCCCAAAUAAGUGGAGGGAGGGGAAGGAAUCUUUUUAUCAUACAAUUGUUUUGAAACACCCACGCACACACACACACACACACACGACUGACAAAUCACUACAUUGCGCAUUUACAAGUUGACUAUCAAAUUUGUACACAUUGUUGAGACCCUAUCACGGAGCCUUUUUCUUUUGUUCCCCAACGCCUUCUCUUUCUCCAACUUGUGUUGCAGAAAUUUCACAAAUGUAUCCUCCCCCCACACACACACACACACACACACAAACACAC